CGCUGUGGUCUAUGCAUACCGGCCGGUCUACGUUCUUUUGUUCUCCGAACGAAAUCCCGACAUUUCCUUGCAUCAUUUACACUGAAAAAUUCCCAAUAUCAACAUGUCAUACGAACAGGCUACACCUGAAAGAAUCACCAAGGUCUUUAUUGGUGGUCUCAAGGAUCUAACAGAAGAAGAUCUCAGAACCUACUUCUCAAAGUUUGGAGAAUUUUCAACUGAAAGAAAUGGCAAACCAACAACAGGGAUUGAACUUAUCAAGGACAAGGAGACUCAAGUGCCAAAAUUUGCCUUCCUGCAUUACAAGAAUGUAUCUGAUUGUGACAGUUGUAUAAAAUCCAGUCCUCACUUUAUAAAAAAUGUUAAGCUGAUGCCCAGGUUAGCUGUCAACAAGGAGCUGAAUUAUGCGCUGCGACAAUGUGAGAAGGAUGGCCAGUCUGGGAAGCUAAAGGUGUUUAUUGGUGGUCUCCCAGGUUCAGCUGAUGAAGAGAAGGUGAAGACUACUCUUGAAAGCCACUUUGCUAAUAUGAAGGUUCAGAAAGUGAUCGUGAAGAGAGUCAAGGAGACACUAAAGCCUAGAGGCUUUGGGUUCCUCACUUUAGAGGAUGAUCACGAUGUAGCUAAAGCUUGCGAGAUUCGUCAUUUCAUCAUCGAUGGCAAACAGGUUGAAUGUAAACUCGCACCCGACAAUCAGCAGGGAGGACAGGGUGGCGGUUUCGGUGGUGGCCGAGGUGGUGGACAGGACCGUGGAGGAUUUCGCGGUGGAUAUGGCCAAGGUGGACGUGGAGGCGGCCGUGGAGGUGGAAGCAGCAAUUGGCAGCAAGAAAGUUAUGGCGGCGGUGGUGGUGGAUAUGGCGCAGGCUACGAGAGCUGGGGAAAUGAAAGUUAUGAUGAUGGCAGCUACUACGCUCAAGACACCUCCUACAGCUACAAUCAAAAUGGCGGCAAUGGCUAUGAUGCUGGUUACAAUUAUGACACGGGUUAUGGUCAGAGCUCAGGAAGUGAUUAUUAUGGCAGCGGAGAUGGAUACAGUCAGUCGCAAGGUGGAUAUGGAGGUGCAAGAGGCGGCGGACGAGGCCGAGGUGGUGCUAGUAGUUAUGGCGGUGGACGAGGAGCCGCUCGGGGUGCAGGUGGUCGUGGAGGUGCCCGAGGGGGUGGUCGAGGAGCUCCACGUCAUCACCCUUACCAACAACAAUCAUACUAAACUGAAACGACACCAGAGUAGGAGUUGGUUGUUGGUUAGUUCAAGGAGAGGACAUUAUACAAGACACACUGCAGGAUUGUGUUGUUUUGUACUGGAAGUCUAUUUUGUAUUUUCAUCAAGGGGUAGUGGCAUAUCAGCUUCACUAUUUUUAGA